AUGAUGCCUUUCGAUUCCUCGCUGCCUGAUUUCAUGAUGGAGCCUUCCAGUGACUCUGGCUUCUAUGAAGGCUAUUCACUUGAUGAUGACUUUAGUCGGGGUAAUCUGACGGAGGUUGCUGGAUCCAUAAUCGAAGGACGCGAAACUACGAUGAACGCGCCAAUUCUGACCCAACAUCAUUUACAAACUCCUGGGGCGCAAACAAAUAUAACUCAAAAUCAACAAGUACAUGCCUCAAGCGAAGAUCCUUUUAGUUCGUCCAGCCUUCACAAUUUCUUUGAUCCGGAUCAAAAUCAGUAUUUGCAAUUACAACAAGACCCCAUCUUUAGCGACUACCAAGACCAAGAACAUAACACAGAUGAAGAGAAAACAGCACCUCAUAGUGAGGAGGCUUGA